AGUAUCGGACGCGGUUUGAUAAGAUGACAGAUGAGAGGAUUUCACGGUUCAUGUGCUGUUUGUUUUGGUGCACUGUUUGAAUUAUUGAAUCAGGAAUAAAUUGUAAAGAAAAGAAGGGGGCGGUCAGCAAACGGAACGGAUAACGUGUGUUAUUGAUGUAUUUGAAAUGAAUACAUUACUAUGUACGCGCUUCAACGAAACAGGUGGUGAUGCUGAACAGUUCAUCUGAAGGGACCAGCCAAAAUGGAUAUGUGAAAAAAUCACCAUUCGCAUUUAUUUCAAAUUUAUUUAAAAGAAAGAAAAAUCGUGGUUCAAGAAAUGAUGUGAAGUUCAAGGACUGUGCUUUUGGGGCAAUGGAAGGUGGAUCAGGAUGUCCAUCAACUUCCCCAAAGUACAAAAAUACUAACUAUGUACCAAGAGUACCAUCAACCCUCUCUGUAAAUGCUGUGGAUGUCAUGGUACAAACAACAUGCUGCCCCUCUUCACCAACUGUUUCCACAAUCACUCUCACCCCUGGUCGUACAAGGGAUAUAGACCAAGACAUGGCUGCCCUGAGGCUUUCGCGACAAGAUAAUCCUUUCUUACAGGUACUUGCCAGCAGAGAAAGUUUGGUGGAUAGUGUAGAAGAAUCAGAAUCUGAUGAUGCUAACUUAAUGUCACAGGAGUUUCCAGCAGACUUGGAUGUAGAUCCUCUAACAUUGCCAGAAAUUCAUGAACACAUGAUACGUAGCCCUCCACCAGUGUCCUGGCCAAAGUCACCAAAUUUUAAAGUCUUUCGCUUCCCCUUGCAGUCAAGUGAUGAUGAAUCUAGUCAGGACAGUUUAACACACAAUGGGAAGAAAACUCCAUUGAAAUUGAUCUCACCUCGUCAUUCAAGGGGGCAUUCAAGUGAUUGCCUCAAAGAAUUGUCUGCAGAAGCACUAAGUUCCUGUCAAGUUCCGACUCCAACUAAGUUGGGAUCUUCACCUCAUCAACACCGUUCCUCCAGUGAAACACGUGAACGUAGCCCAAAACCUUUCCUGUUGCUCAAUCCUGAAGUGCGUCGGUUGAGUACAAGAAGCUCUGAUGACAAUGUUCAACUAGUUUCAAAGAAUGACGAGUAUGAAAGACGCUCUGAUAUGGACAUAACCCCUAAUUUACCACUCCUAUUAGCAAAGCGAUCAUCAUAAUGUUACAAGAGCAUCAUAUGCUCAUUAAUUAGAAUAGUUUCAAUACCCACUAGUCAUUAAUCGAAGCCCAUUCUCUGAUACAUUGAUUUGUAUUGACAUUUUGUUAAUGUUUUUGGUAAUUAAUGUAUGUAUUUUGUAUUGUACCUGUGAGUAAUUAUUCACCAAAAUGUGACAAUUUACUAUGAUCAGUUGUGUUAUCUUACCUUAGGAUCUUGUUGCAUAUGUGUGCUCCCUCUUUUUUUAAAAAAAUAUGUAAUUACUAUACAGGUAGUUUCUUUAUCAUUGUUAAUGAUCUCAAUAUUUAUAAAAGAUAGUGAACAUAAUACCAAUGAAUGAGCAUCUGAACGAUGUGCUCCACUGUGUUGGAUUCUAGUCAUAUAUUACAUGACUGUAGGUUUCCUAAAACCAAAACUACAUUCACAGUCAUAUUUGAACCACCCUCAAAAUUUACAUAAUUAUUUCAUGAUCUGGGGAAGGGGUGUGGUGGGAAGAAUUAAGAGACUGUAUAUUUAUACUUAAUACAGUUUUAAGGGCAGUUUGUAUUGAAGUAUUGGUUAAUUUCUUUUUUAAGACAGUUGUUAGUUGUAUCAUUUACUUAGAACCCUUUUUUUUUUUUUUUUUUUUUUUUUUUUUUUUUUUUUUUUUUUUUUUUUUAAAAGUGGAGUAAUGUUGUAUUGCCUUUUCUGUUCAAGGUGUGUUACAGUUCUCCUUUGCAUAUACUUUAGCAAAGACAGUUUCAUUUGUCCUUAUUUUUGCAGUAUCACACACACACAUUAUUAUUAUUAUUAUUAUUAUUAUUAUUAUUAUUUCAUCUGUGGUACAUUUGUACUCUGAUUUUUCCUUUUCUUCUCUCACUUUGUACUUUAUGUAAUUCAUUUGUUCAGAUUCUGAGAAUACAAAUGAAGCACUGCUAUUCUUCUCUGUUGCUGCACUAGUGUUCCACACCACCAAAUUUGUUACUUUAUCCAUUGAUCUUGCACCUCACUUUUCCUAUUUUUAAUGUAAUCACAUAUACAUACUUUUUUGAAAUUUUAGUCUUCCUUCAUAAAAUGCUUUAGUUAUCUAUGACCUGAGUGUGGAUGCGUGUACUGAGACUCAUUUAGUUUCAUUUUACUUCUUUAAAAAUAGUAUUGGUGCGUUUGUUAAUCUGAAACUCUGCAGAAUCUUUGACCUACAGAGUUGUCACGUCAACAAAAAUUCCAUUCCUCCCGUCAUGUGAGAGUGACUCCCAAUAGCUUUCCUUAUCGCCGUUUUGUCCUUCACUGUUAAAGCUAUUUGCCAAGUGUGUAUUCCAGUGUACACCACAGAUUUAUUUUUGUGAUUAAAAUAAUAUAUGAAUCAUGAGCUUUGUUGAAAAUUGAGUUAGGUGGUAUGACAGCAUCAGAUUAAGCUUACUGUCCUGAAAGCUUCAAAAUAUCACCAUACUUGAUUCCAAAUAGUUUGUUGUUGGCUUAACUAAUUUUCAACCUACAUCCCAUGUCACAUACACCCUGGACAGUAACUAAUAUACUUGGAGAAAAAUGUUGAAUUGUAUGCUCACUUGUUCAAUCAUGUUAAAGUUAGAUCGAUAGGCAGAAUCACUUAAACUGGAGCUGAAGGAAUAUUUGUGAAUUACUAUAAUUGAGAAUGUAUGGUUAUACUUGACAGCACAAAAUGGCCAGCGGGAAGUGUGGUCGUCAGAAAAAUGUGAGCGUAGAGAUUAAUAAUAAUUAAGAACAUUGACUUAUCUUGUAUAGUUCACAGAAGCUCACAGUGAUUCAGCGAGGAACCUGGGAUUCUGGAAAUGUGAAAUUAUUGCAUGUUUCAUGUGUUGUUGUUGAAUUAAUUUGGAUUUUAAAUUUGUCAUAUUGUGUGGCAAUGGGCUUGCAAUGUUCCAAAGGGUUCAUUAUUGGCUGUUCUUAUAGAUUGUUCAAAACUGUUAUGAACCAGUUGUUAAGCAAAGCCAUUGUUUCUGCGAAGCGUUUGUUUUAGUACUGACCACUCAUGUCAUUCAAAGCAGGAUUCAGUUUCAGAUCUUCCCUGGAAAAGUUUCUGUUUGUACUUAAUUGGUUGUGACAUUGUUUAUGGCCUUUGCAUUUUGUAUGCCGUAUUAUUUCUCUCCUGUUUUCAGUUUCAAAUGAUAAUUUGAGCAGAGACACAUUUUUGAGAUAUUGAAACAUGUUACUGUGAAAAUAUUUUUUUGAAAAUUGCCAGUGAUGUUUGAAUUGCAACAUCCUCACAGUUUGUAGUAGAUUUUAAGGAAUAGUAGUGCCUUCUGAAAGCUGCUUAUACGAAAUAUUUGGAGCUUAGCAACAACUAUUCUCUGUAUUACAGCAUGUUAUUUACAGAACUGAUAUUCAGUGUGUGUAUGUUCACAAUAAAGCAUAAAUUCAGAUUUAUUACUCCUAAGAUAAAUCAGUGCUGGCUACAUUGAGAGAUUUACAGGUUUUUGAGAUAAUAUAUAAAAGUUAUCUGUGGAUUACAAUACUGAAGAUUCCAUAAAUUCAGUUGUUAGACCUGUUGAAUCUCAGAAAGAUAUAAAAUGUAACUUGAGAAGUGUUUGAAGUGUCAGUGACAAAAUUUCACUCUUUAUGGAAACUCUAGAUUUUUAAAGGGUUUUGAAAUGGGGGAUGCUUGUUCAUAUAUUAUAUGGAUGUUUGUAGGGUACAUAGUUUAGUACAAGCUAUUCAGUAAUCAGUCAUUACAAACAGAAGAUUGGUGUUAAUACUUAUUACAGUGUUUAAAAAAAUUUAGCUUAUGCAGCUCAUAACAGUCCAUGUUUUUACCAGUACGAGAUCAGGUGACUUCCAUUAUAUUUCCAUUGUGGUUUGUACCCUUUAUGCUUGGGAUAAGGAAGGAUCAUCUGUGCGAGAACUGAAUUACCCCCCUUGAUACUUUAGCAGAAAAUGGAUUCCAUUGAUGCUUUUUAAGAGAGUUAAGUUCAGUUACUGGAUGACUGUCAGGGUACCAUUUCCUUUCGUGGUGUGCUUACGAUUUGCAUCAAUCAGACUCCCUUUUCCUUGUCUCUCUCUACUUUAUUCAUGAGUACAGUGGCCUACAUGUCUCUUUCAGGAAGAAAAAUUUGUGUUUCUUUAUUAUCGUUUAUCCUCAAUAAUGGAAAUCAUUGUAGCAGAAGUCAGAUACAUGCAGAAGUAACUUAAGAAUGAUGAUGUGAGGCUGGCUUGGACUUCUGUGUUUUUUCUCGGCUAUGGAAUUGAGUUACUUUGUAAGUAACAGCAGACAUGGCUGGUUGUUGAAGGCAGAUAAUACACCUUCCUCUGUGUGUACUGUUUGGAAGUAUUAAUCACAGCUUCCUUCCUUCUCCAAAGUGUAUUACAAGGCUGUUACUUCUUUUUCUCAAGAUUCAACUGCUAUUGUUUCUUCAGAAAUUAUAAGUGAGAGAAUUUCAUUAUAGUUUUCAGUGCCUGGCGAAACUGCCAAAAAAGAAAGUCCUUGUAGCUUGUUGUUUUUCAGUGUCAGUGAUGUCUUUUUAAAAAGGCAACUAGCAGAAGUUGCUUUCAGUUAGCACACAGAGUUUGCAUUUAAUUUUAUUAAACAAAGAAGUUUUUAUAUUUUUAUGAAGUGUGUUAAUGUUACAGUUUAGAAUUUACAAAUUCUGAAUGGGUGCUAUUAUAAAAUGUAAUAAUCAAAUUAAUCUUUUCAGUGAAAAACAUACUGAGAAAGGAAGCAUAACUAGAAGUUCAGCAACUUUAUUAUGGUGGCAUGUGUACAGAAUCACAUGCUUUCAUCUUAUAGAGUGUAUAACAAAGAAAACAUUUAAGAUUUAGAAUAUUGACUUUUUUAUUAGUUUUUGAGGUAAUAUUAUUGCCUCCAGCGUUUUAUAAGGAAGAAGUGUUGAACUGUGUGCUUCCCUUUUCCCUUAUGAUAUUGUCUUUGUGAAUGUCCUGGGUGUCCAUUGCAUUCCAAGCUGUAAUGUGCUGACAAUGAUUUUAUUUGGGUGAGAUUAUCUGUUUUAUUAAUUUUUAUUUUUUGUAUGUGUAAUAAAAUGGCAUCAGAUAUCAUACUUUCUCUUUAACAAUAUGAGAGUGAAAUGUGAUAUUUUUUCUGAUAUAGAUGGUAAAGUUCUUCUGUCUACAAAUAUUAAUCUGAAACUAGCUGUAAAACAGAAGGUAAAGACAAAUCUAAUACCUGAGGUGCUCCAUUAGUUUUGGAUUUGGUAUGCUUCUCAGUGUAGUAUUUGUGAAGUGGUGAUGGAGCUGCAAAUCAUAAAUUAUUAUAGGUUGUUACUAUUUAAUGAACAGCUCUUACAUUGUAAGUUUCUAUGCUAUAUGUUUCUGUGUACAGACUUUAGAGAUAUUAUUUAUCUGUUGAGUUGGUUCUCAAUUGUUUGUCAUGUGAUUUGUUGCUUGGAGUGUGUGUGUGUCUGAAAUGCUGCAGUCAAACUUUUAUAGAACUAGAUUGAGAAGAGUGUUUUUUCCUGUGAUAAAAAAGUAAGAAAAUUAUUUUGUGGAUAAUUACUAAAUGAGUGUCUUUACUUCUUCAACUUCAAGUGGUACUGUUGUGCUGAUUUUAUAAACACUUUGACAAGUGUGUUAAAUUAUGCAUUGUUAAAUAAUGUUUAAUACUCACAUGUUUAUAUUUGCCAAAAUUCUCCAAAGGGAGAAAGGAUGCAAAAUGUUUGUUUCAGAUUCUUGUACUGUACAGUUUCAGUGAUAUAUUAUCAGUGUAUAAUAAUGCAGUACAAACUUAUUAUGAUUUUGUUAGAGCACAAAACAAGAUUGCUGAAUAAAUGCUUCCAAAUAUUCUACAAUAAAAGUCCACAAAUAUUUGUGUGUUGUUGCACUAUAA